UUAAACUGCCACUGAUACUUACUCAGAGCAUCCGUCAUCUGGCAGGGCUUUCUGAGCUGCCCAAAUUGAUGCACCCGAUUCAUAGAUAUAUUCAAUCAUGGGAAUAUCUGGGCUUUUACCCUUGCUGAAAUCAAUUCAGGUUCACCGACACCUCUCAGACUUCGCCGGUCAAACGCUUGCGGUGGAUGCUUAUGUCUGGCUUCACCGAGGCGUCUACGCGUGCGCCACAGAGAUAGCCACAGGAAAACACUCCACAAAAUAUGUUGAUUACGCCAUGCAGCGUGUUCGCUUACUGCGUCAUCACAAAAUACGACCGUAUAUUGUGUUCGACGGUGGGCCACUCCCGGCCAAGACGGGCACGGAGACUGAGCGCAAGCAGCGGAGGGCAGAAAACCUUGCAAAGGCAAAGACGUUGGCAUCCCAGGGAAGACACAAAGAAGCCCGAGAAUGCUUUGUCAAAUGUAUCGAUGUAACCCCUCAGAUGGCGUACCAGCUCAUAAAAGCCCUGCGCGCAGAGAAUGUACCAUACAUAGUCGCGCCGUAUGAGGCUGACGCUCAAAUGGCGUAUUUGGAGCGUAUUGGCCUUGUGGAUGGUAUCAUCACCGAAGACUCGGAUCUACUCGUCUUCGGAUGCCAAAAUGUGCUCUUCAAGCUGGACUCUAUUUCAAGUACUAUUGUCUCAAUCUCGAGGGCCGACUUCGGAUCCGUGACUGCUGCUGAGGGGGGUAUAUCGCUUCUUGGAUGGUCCGAUACUCAGUUCAGGGCUAUGGCUAUCCUUAGCGGAUGUGAUUAUCUGGCGAGCAUUCCUGGAGUCGGGCUAAAGACUGCGUGGUCCUUGCUGCGGAAGUAUAGGAGCGCAGAACAGGUCGUGCGGGCUAUAAGGCUUGAAGGGAAGAAGUCUGUGCCGAAAGGGUAUCUGGAGUCAUAUAAUCUGGCGGAGAAGGUGUUUUUGCACCAGCGCGUUUAUUGUCCCCUGGAUGAGAGACUUGUUAACUUGACGGACACCCCUCCAGGAGCUGAGUGGGGGGAUAAAGAGGAAUCGUAUAUCGGAGGUGCCAUAGAGCCUUCCUUGGCGAAAAGGCUGGCUCAAGGGGAUGUUGAUCCAGUGACACUUUUACCAAUGAUUGAUAUCAACCCGAGUUUUGUGCCCCGCAUAGUGAAGGCCCUUCCCUUUCAGGCCACUGAUGUUAAUCGGCCUAGCUCAGUCAAAGGAAAGGGCAAAGCAAAAGCCGAGCCUGAGAGUGGCGGAUUGCUUUCCUUCUUUGCUCCCAAGGCAAAAGUCCCUCUUACUCGCAGUAACUCUGCACCGACAAAGAGAACCGCAGUACCUGGUAAAGGUAGCGGAAAGAGGACACUCGUCGAUGUACUUGACGAGGACCUUGCUGUGAAGCGCAUAAAAAUUAAUCAGGCUUCGUCUUCCACACAUCUUACUCCACUCACACAUUCAAGGUUCUUCCCCGCUCCGUCAACCUUGAAACAGAAUAAGGAACAAGCCGUGGACGAUCUGAUGCCCAGUUCACGUAUCACAUAUCCGCCAUCUGACAAAGAAAACCUUCCCGAUCAUGCCGUUGACAACGUUAUUAUGCUCGAAGAAUGGGAUGAGAUCAUUGACGAACCCCCGGAUCCCGUCACACAAGAAGACGGUUACCUAUCACCUUCCCCAUCCUACUUCCGAUCAGCCACACCUGAUCUUUCUUCACCUGUCCGGCCGUAUAAUCCCUCACGGCAUGGUCUUGGUGAUGGAGAUGACUUCGGCGCUGAUAUCAUCUCCAGCCCCACAGCAGUCAGAACAAUCACACAACAUACCUUGCGCCAAUGCUUGCUGCCCAAGAAAGAGAAAGUUAAUGUCCUCGUUCGGGAAACGCCGCCACCCAUGGGUUCCGCCGAUGAAAUCGAAGGACCUGACUUGCGUGGUGUUCUUGACAUUGAAGCGCUCGGCGAUAUCGAUGCGAUCGAUGAGGAUGGAAUCACUCCGGCAUCAUCAUCAUCAUCCAUUCCUGGUCCCAUUACUCCGGAAGACAACGGUACGAAUGAUGAAUUUGACAUAGAUGGAUCGCUCGAAGAAGAUAUAGUAACUGAGGCAAGUGCCCGUGCAAAACGCACCGAGGUAGUCGCUAGUGGUUGGUGGAAUAAGUGGGCCCUGAACAAGGAGCUACGCACUUCGAAGACUACCAUGCUCAGAAGGCGCGAGACUACAAUCACUCCAGAUGACCGGCAGCCUGGCUGCCGCACUCGGCUAGGGUCUGCACCGCCCAAGGUCAGGUUUCCAUUGUCUGCCGAAGUAGCAUCUAGGGCUGGAAGAACCCUGAAGGCUGUGGGGACAGGGACGACCCGCAAUAGCCCACAAUUUAGGUCGUCCGGUCUCGGCCAAGGAAAGGGGCCAGAGCAGAUGGGAAUUGGGCUUGAGCAAUUUAGGUGUGUUUUGUUGACACUAUCGUGAUGUUCAUAAUUAUAUUACAUCCGUUAUUAACUCGACAGGUGCAAAGCGUCAUGAAGUUAUGCAUUCAAGCUCGUUAUUUCCGAUAUCUACUUCACGUUCAUUACUGUAUAAUAUUGUUAGACGGUGAAAUGACACAGCAGGUUUGAGAUGGACUAGAAAUAGCGCGAGCUUGACAAGCAUGUAUGUGUUGCCAGUUAAGUACUAGCUUGCCUUCUGGUUUAAUUUCUACUAGUAAUUCAAUCAGUUCAUGUUUAGCAUGCCGUGCAUGCGCAUCGCAUUCAGUUCAUAGCGUAGUCCUUCCCGUUAAGUUAAAGCAGAAUCUAAUCCAUACGCGG